AUGUUUUUGAAAAUCUUCACCGUUUGGCUUGGCAUUUUCUCGAUUUCAUUUGUAUUUUUGCCCAUUUAUCUGGUGCUCAACUGGAGGAAACGAGGAACCGCCGAUGGAUUCAGCUCCGUUGUGCUCAUCAUUCCAAUGAUCAUGUAAGGCUUAUAACUCUAUAUACACUGUAUCCCCAGCAGCUAAUGCUAAAUUGAGUGCCGCGUUAAAACGGAGUGUCGUUGAAAACAAAAGCAGGUCUGCAAUUUCUGGGUUUUUUUUUACGAAAACCCGAAAUUUCAUCCGAAAAUGAGAAAAAUGAAGUAAAACAGAGAAUUUCCGAAUUGUAAGUGACAGCUGUGACCUUAAAUUAGCGUUUUGCCCACAAGAAAGCGCGCAUUAUUACACUUUUCUGUUAAUUUCAGUCCGGAUCCUCAAAAACUGAAAUUUCUCAGUCAUUUUUGCAUUUUAUGGGCCGUCUCUGUGCUCAAAAUGACCGCCUUUGUCUGCUGAACAAUCGUGAGGCAACUGUUUUCUCAAAACUUCCGAAAGUUUUUUUUUCAAGACAAAUUUAAAAAACGAAAUUACUCUUCGAAUUUUCACUUUUACACGAGCACUCUGUGAUCAUUUUGUUGCUAUCGGUCAUAUGAACAAACGUGAGGAGAUAUAUAAGUACUUUCAGCCAAUCGUUCUGGUUCCGCUACGGAUGGAUGACGAACGACUACUCGAACAUCAUAAUCAACAGUUUCAACCUGACGUUGCUCAGCUGUUACGUCUGUGCAUUCGCCUAUUAUCAGCCGAAAAGAGUGAGUGUGUGUGUUAGAAUUUAUCAGAAUGAUAUCAUUUCAGAAGUACCUUGUCGGACAGCUCAUCGCAGCCGCGAUACUCGUCAAACUCGCCCUCUUCUACGUGGAUUCGCAUGAAGAAGAAGAAGUGGCGAAGGCUGCGAUGGGCUCCGUCGCCGCCGGCGCACAGAUUCUCGGGCUCGGCGGACGCUUCUAUGAGCUGGUGCGUCGAUUCUAGACAAUUCUAGGCCAAGCACACAAUUUGCGAAUAAACUUCCACGCGUGUAGCAAAGUUCGACGUCUCCAGAGCUUUAAAUAGGCAGGCACAAGCGCGAAACGCGACAGUUCGAAGGGAAAUUCAAAUGUUAGACGCAAAACGAGCCACGAAAAUCAUGAAUUUCUCAUUUGCGCGUUGUGAAAACGGCACUCACGGUCUCCAGAGCUGACAAUAUGGGCGUGGCCUCGGCCAAAUGGCGUUGUCAUGAAUUGAGCAGGUUUUCUCUGAUUUUUGUGGUCAAAGGCGACGAAAAAUGAUUGUUCGACAUGAAAACACACUAAUUAUCACAGAAUUAAUGACGUUUUGGCGCAUUUUUCGCGGACUUUGCUUUUUCGCCUUCGCCGCCUAAAAACCGCACUUCUCAUUUUGCGCUUUUUUGACAGUUUUCAGACAGAAUUGGUUUUGAGAAUGAUAAAUCACGUGAAUACAAGCAUUUUGAGCGCUCGAUCCGCGAAAAUUACCGAAAAGCAACUGAAAUUCACGCAGUUUUAGCGAAAAACCUUCAAACGGAUAAAUGUGAUUUGCGACUUAACCAAAUUUAACGCUCAUGCGCUUACAAAAUUCGUAAUAGCCUAUACAAUCGGUCUAUCGCGAGACAAAUGAGAAACUAUCGGUUUUUUGUGGCUAAUCUGGCAAAAAACACAAAUUUUGCUGUGUAUCGCUCUAUUGGGCGGGGCGCACUUGCGCCCAUUGUCAGCUCUGGAGACCGUGCACUGGAGAGUGUGAGGCCAGAAAAGGCUGGCGAAAGUGGUGGUGCUGGACAGUGACUUGAUGAUUUCAGAGGCGAGCGAUAAAUCUGAAGACGACCGAGUACAUUCCGGCGGUGAUGCAAUUCGCCGUUCUCGCUCUUCUCGCCCAAUGGUUCGUCUUCGGCAUUGUCACCGGCAACAAGUUCAUUAUGGUAACAUUUUCGAAUUACGCGUCGCCGUGUUUAGAUGUGCACGUUGUCGGUUUUCAGAUUGCCAACGCGGCCGGACUGCUCACCAGCGCCUUCACCAUUUCGCUGUACUUCAAGUACCCGCCGCUCACGUGGACCGUCCCCAUCUUCAAUAUUCCGCCACAGAACACAAAGACCGAGUGA